CAUUACUCCUUCUGCUCCUCGCCUGCUCACCUCUAUUUCUGGGACACGAUAUAUACCAACUGAGAUAUCCUUUCCCCCGUUUGCCAUUAACCCACUCCAAAUCGGCCCAAGCGUCAUAUUCUGGGGGCUCCGACGCCCCCCGCACUGCGAACGACGUGUGGCCCUUGAGCUCCAUCAUCACUGCAAAAGGCAAGAAAGGUGCACAUAGGCCGGAUACACGCCAUCGCUCAUUCGUAUACUAUUCCGUUCGCUCUUGUGUCCCUCUUUCGCAACGAUGAGGACGGACGAGCAGGGUCCGUUCAAUCGGCGACACUCCUCUACACUACACUACCAAACCUUCGACACGCCACCGCCGAAGUCACGCGGAAGACCAAAUUCUGGACAAUCGGGGUCUUCUGGGGGAGACUCGCACCAUCAACAGAAUGACAAUGGCUCCGAGCGCGGGUCUGGGUCGCCCCUCCCAAAGCGGCAGAUGGCCAUCCUAGCCUUCAUUUCCCUCUGCGAGCAGACGGCCUUCAAUUCGAUCAGUCCUUACCUACCCGAGAUGGUGUCGUCAUUUCCUGAGGCUCGACCGAAUACAGUGGGCAUGUAUGUUGGAGCGCUGGCCACGGCGUUUGCGAUCGCGCAGCUUGUGACCAACUAUUUCUGGGGCUGGCUGUCGGAUCGCGUGGGCCGGAAGCCGAUCAUUCUCCUGGGCACUAUCCUUACGGCAGUCUGCUUCUGCGCGUUCGGAUUCUGCAAGACUCUAUACCAGGCUAUCGCGGUACAGGCGUUAAUGGGCGCGGUCAACGGCAACCAGGGUCUGGUCUCGACCUGUCUCGGGGAGAUCACCGACCGAAGCAACCAAUCCAAGGCGUUUGCCUAUCUUCCCGUCCUCUACGGCAUCGGAGGCGUCACAGGCCCCCUCCUUGGCGGACUGCUGGUCUUCCCCAAGAACCCAUUCGAUAAGAGCCAGCCUAAUCCAUACCCAUACGCCGGCCCCAACCUUCUCUCCGCGGCGAUUCUCGUUGUUGACUUUGUUGUCUCGAUUUUCUUUCUCGACGAGAGCCUCGACGAAGCGGAUGCCCUCCCGAAUUUCGGCCGGCGCGUCCGGGCCCUGUUCGUCUGGCUCUGGGAAUGGACCAGCUCCGCUAAGCGCGCCGGAUGGAUGAAACCGCCGCACCACGCCUCGUACCGCCAUCUCCGGACGCAGUCUAACGACAGUCAGGAUCACGAUAGCGAGUUAGACUCGGCCUCCGAGGUCUCUGAAUCCCCUCGUCCGCCCCCGGAAUCGUUGAUGCAAAGCCAGAUCUGGAACCGCGACACGAUCUUGCUUCUUCUGACGUAUCUCGUUUUCGCCCUGUGCAACGUUUCCUACAACUCGCUCUUCCCCAUCUUCUCACAAGCCUCGCCUCCCUUGGGCCGAGCCCUCACCCCGUCUGAGAUCGGUCUCGCCCAGGGCUUCACCGGGCUCGUCACGAUCAUCUUUCAGAUCUGCAUCUUCGGGAAGCUGCGCGACAAGAUGGGUAAUCGCUGGUCGUACCGCGCCGGACUGCUGGGAUUCGUGGUCUCGUUCCUCCUCAUGCCUUUCAUCGGAUACAAGGGCGACGACUCAGACAAAGGCGGCAUCACCGGCAAGACAGCCCUGCUGGCCAUUGAGUUAUGCUUCGUCUUGCUGGUCAAGACCGUCGCCUCUGUUGGCGGACUGACCAGCGCACUUUUACUGAUCACAAACUCCGCCCCAGACCACACAGUCCUCGGCUCCCUGAACGGCCUCGCCCAGACCCUCUCCGCCGCCGGCCGCGCCGUCGGCCCCCUCAUCUCCGGCAGUUUAUUCAGUCUAGCCUCCCGGCUCCCGAUUAAAGGCGAAGCAAUGCCUUUCGGCGUCUUCUCAGCCGUCUCCUUCGUCGGCUUCAUCCUCAGCUUCGGGAUCCGAGCCCGCUCCCUCGAAGCCGAGGACUGGGAAAGCGAUGACGACGAUGAUGAUGAUGACGAGGAAGACGUCGAUGACAACGACGAGGUCGACGCCGACGGCGCCCGAUCGUAUAAAUCCAACCGCGCAGAUGAGGAAGCUCGCCUCGCUGCUCGAUCCUAGAUAGACACAUAUUUUCUUUCCUCAAUCAAUAUACAUUAGAAAAGCUGAUAACGAAAAAGAACCAAAGAUUGGAGAGAAGAAGACGACGACAACAACCAGGAAACGCAUUCCCAGAAGAGAAGAAACAAGAAACAAGAAAUAAGAAUAAUCCUUGAUUGGAUAACGACCAAGAUACGAGAUCGUUACUAGGUACUAACUACGUCCUACUGGUUCGUUUAAUUUUGGGUGCGUGGUUUACUUUGACUUGGUUCAUUUGAUAGAGAGAGUCUAGCGCUAGCAAGUUAUUUCUUUUAUUUUCGGGCUUUCAGAUUUAUUCUAGUUGGGAUAUGCAGUGCUUUAAAGUUGGAUUGGGUUUGUUCUUACUACUGGUUUCUAGUUUCCGCGACAAGACAAGAGCGGGUUUUUGUUCCCUGUCGGGUUGCAUACAUUAUGUGUUUGGUUUUUGUUGCAUAGCGGUUUUCUUCUUUCCUUUUCCUGUUGAAAUUCAAGUGUGUGUAG